AUGGGCGGCAGUAAAUCAGUCACGCCACGGUCAAAACAUUGGGGUGAAUAAAAGAUGUUCUUCACAAUCCCACCAUCGGAUGCGCACCGAUUGACAUCAAACAUGGAGAACAUGCCUAUAAUUUAGUUAUAAUGCAAAUAUUUUUAUUCUUCUGCAAACAAGAGAUGUAGUUUACCGGUAUCUUUGAAGUAUUAUAUACCCGUGCAUUAAACCGCAAGGGACAGAGGAUCCAUUGAAUCUUGAGGAGCAGCCAAGAAUACAAUAGGAUGGAGACCGUAUGUGGUAAAGGAGCGACAUUGGAUGGUGACAUGCUGAUGGUCAUCGUUAAACAAGAGGAAGAAGACCAUAUGGAGCAGAUGUCCAAUGGUCCACUGUCAUCUGACACACUCAUCAAACAGGAGCAAGAAGAGGGCCUAGAACAAGGCACUACAGCUCCAGGCGACCAACUCCCUGAGGAAACCGACACCCUGGAAGAAGCAGAGGAGGAGAAAAAGAGGAGGAAGGGAAAGACCGAAGAGAGGUUCUGGGCUGCUGUUGAGACUGAGGAUGUCUCUGGGUCAGACUCCAGUUGGUGCUGCAGACUGUGUCAGCGCUGCUUCAGUUCCUCCUGGCAGCUGACGGGACACUGUUGUACUGGCAUCGCGGGGGAGGACGGGGUCGCCCACGGCCACAAGGUCAAACUGGAGUUCCGGUGCCCAGUGUGUGGCGACCGCUUCCUCCGCCCCACAGCCUUCAUCAUGCACAAGCGCAGUCACAUGGGCCAGUCCCAGUACGUCUGUGGGGUCUGUGGACGGACGCUCAAGAGCCUGCGCAAGCUGUCCUCCCACAAGCGCUCACACUCCCGCCGCCGCGGGACUGUGGCUGAACGACAGCAGUGCCCUGACUGCAGCCAGAGCUUCUGCAACUUGACGGCACUCAGAAGCCACCGGGAGAGACAGCAUGGAGAGGAGAGGAACUGGAAGGAUGAGGAGGACAGUGCGGUGAGAGAGGAAGAGCAGGGAAGCACUGCAGUAAUCUCUAAUGAUUCAACCAGAGUUUCAGCUCAGCCUCCCCAGUCUCCUCAGUGCCACCAGUGUUUCAUGACCUUUCAGGAUGCAGAGACAGAAGAGAGGCAUUUACGCUUCAAGCAUCCAGUAGAGUAUGAGAGACAUCUCAGAGGUCGCACAGUGUUUGCCUGCUGUGUCUGCGACCGAACAUUCCCCUCCUCCCGCCUGCUCUCAGCUCACCAACGCACCCACAGCAAGUGGAGUCUGCCCCCCACUGGCCCAGAAGACUCUGUCCAAGAAAGCACAGACGGAGGAGAGGCUGAGGGUGUGGACAAUGAAAAAAACAGAGCUGGUCCAACGAGCUGUGAGCACUGUCAUAUCAUCUUCAAUGACCCUCGAACCUGGGAACGUCACAUGACGGCCAAGCACCCCCCAUCCCUGUCGACACCUACUUCACCAGGGAAUGCCUACCUGACUUCUAGACCUGCCAGGGGUCAACUACGACCCUAUCGCUGCUCCUCCUGUGGAGAGAGAUUCAUACAGGAAAGCACCCUGACCAAACACUGCACCGAGGCACACGCCAGCUGAGAGAGGAUGGUUCUGGGAGCAUAGAUACCAAGAUGAAGAGGACAAGAGGCAAGUUGGAGUGAUCUAUAUAUAUAUGAUUGUUUUCCAGGAGUGCCUUGACUAACUAUUUAUAAAGUUGUUUAAUGAAGAAAUUACAUGUCACUUAUGAGAUUUAUCCUAUCAUUUCAUUGUAGGUCUUAGUGUCAACCCUUAUGCCAACUUUCUCCAACAAGAAACAGAAUCUUCACAAAAUCUAUUUUGAAUUAAUAUCUCUUUUAGGGCUGUGACGAUACCAGUAUUGCAAUAUUUUUUCCAUGCCAAAAAUGAAAACGCCAGGCAGACUUGACUCUUUGGUCCUUUUUAUUUUCUAAGCUAUAGCUUUGAAAAUAAAUAAGUGAUUCUGGAUGAAAACAUAACGAUGUUUGUUUCCAACUUCAAGGCUGUUUCCCCAAAGAAGUUAAAUCCACUUUGUGUUUUGUUUCCUUGCCACGAUACUGGUAUCGUCCCGGCCCUAACAACUUGAAAGCACGAGUGUCAAAAUGGAGUAGUUUUCAAAAUAAAAGCAUGACCAUAUUUAUUAGAGAUUCACAUAAAAAAAAGAAUAGUUAUUCACCUGUGCCAUGAAUAAAGAUAGGAUGAAAACAGACCAAACCAGCUUUUGAUCAUUUUGAUAGCAAUAAUGUUUGUACUACGACAUGUAAACUACAUGAACAAAAGUAUGGGAACACCUGCUCAUCAAACAUCUCAUUCCAAAAUCAUGGGCAUUAAUAUGGAAUUGGUUCCCUCUUCGCUGCUAUAACAGUCUCCACUCUUCUGGGUAGGCUUUCCAUUAGUAGUUGGAACAUUGCUGUGUGUAGUUGCUUCCAUUCAGCCACGUGCAUUAGUGAGGUCGGGCACUGAUGUUGGGCGAUUAUGCCUGGCUGGCAGUCGGCGUUCUAUUUCAUCCCAAAAGUGUUCGAUGGGGUUUAGGUCAAGGCUCUAUGCAGACCAGUCAAGUUCUUCCACACCGAUCUCAACAUACCAUUUCUGUAUGGACUGAAAGCUGAAAGCGCGAACCACUGCUUUUAAUCAGGGCAAGGUGUCUGGUAAUAUGUCCGAAUAUAAACAAUGCAGCUAUUCCCUCCGCAAGGCUAUUAAACAAGCUAAUCGUCAGUACAGAGACAAAGUGGAAUCUCAAUUCAAUGGCUCAGACACAAGAGGCAUGUGGCAGGGUCUACAGUCAAUCACGGACUACAAGAAGAAACCCAGCCCAGUCACGGACCAGGAUGUCUUGCUCCCAGGCAGACUAAAUCACUUUUUUGCCCGCUUUGAGGACAAUACAGUGCCACUGACACGGCCUGCAACGAAAACAUGCGGUCUCUCCUUCACUGCAGCCGAGGUGAGUAAGACAUUUAAACGUGUUAACCCUCGCAAGGCUGCAGGCCCAGACGGCAUCCCCAGCCGCGCCCUCAGAGCAUGCGCAGACCAGCUGGCCGGUGUGUUUACGGACAUAUUCAAUCAAUCCCUAUACCAGUCUGCUGUUCCCACAUGCUUCAAGAGGGCCACCAUUGUUCCUGUUCCCAAGAAAGCUAAGGUAACUGAGCUAAACGACUACCGCCCCGUAGCACUCACUUCCGUCAUCAUGAAGUGCUUUGAGAGACUAGUCAAGGACCAUAUCACCUCCACCCUACCUGACACCCUAGACCCACUCCAAUUUGCUUACCGCCCAAAUAGGUCCACAGACGAUGCAAUCUCAACCACACUGCACACUGCCCUAACCCACCUGGACAAGAGGAAUACCUAUGUGAGAAUGCUGUUCAUCGACUACAGCUCGGCAUUCAAUACCAUAGUACCCUCCAAGCUCGUCAUCAAGCUCGAGACCCUGGGUCUCGACCCCGCCCUGUGCAACUGGGUACUGGACUUCCUGACGGGCCGCCCACAGGUGGUG